CUCUCUCUCUCUCUCUCUCUCUCUCCCCCCAUCACACCAUGUUGUUCUGAUCCGGAGUGUGUGAGUGUGUGAGAGUUUAAAGCGCGUGCAGGAGCUCGGAGUCCUGGAGCAACAAACACUUUGAGCCCGAGUUGAGGUCAUGCUGAGCCAUCUCUCUCUCAGUCUGAUCUGUGUGUUGGGACUCCUGAACACACACACACAUGGAGCUGACCGUGACAUGGGACCCAUCACAUCAGGUCCAGUUGUGUAUCCUCACUUGACCGGAUGUCGUUCCACUGAGUUGGUGACGUUUCGGUGUUGGUGGAGUUCUGGAACUUCCUCUUCCCUCCGUGAACCUGGAGCACUUGCGCUCUUCUUCCAGAUGAACUUUUUAACCCCCAGUGAGUGGCAGGAGUGUCCUGAAUACACUCCCUCCGUACAGAAUGAGUGUUACUUCAGCAGAAACUUCACACAGAUCUGGAAGACGUAUUGUGUACAGCUGCGCUCGAAUACACACACAGACAACAUCACGUACGAUGAGCAGUGUUUCAGUGUGGAGAACAUCGUGUACCCUGACCCUCCUGUCAGCCUAAACUGGACACUGCUGAACAUCAGUCGUUCAGGGUUGAACUAUGACAUCAUGGUUCGUUGGGCUCCACCCCCUUCAGCAGAUGUGAGCACAGGCUGGAUGAGUCUGAAAUAUGAAGUUCACUAUCGUGUACGAAACUCCUCCCAUUGGGACAUGUUGGAUCUGGAGAGCGGUACUCAGCAGUCUAUCUACGGUCUCCACACUGGGAAACAUUAUGAGGUUCGAGUUCGCUGUACCAUGUCUGCCUUCAAAAACUUUGGUGAUUUCAGUGACAGCGUCUUUUUUCAUGUCCCGCUGAUCCUGAGGCAAGAAUCGAUGUUCCCCAUGAGGCUGCUGUUGAUCGUCAGCAUUGUUGUGAUGCUGAUCUUCCUCAUCCUCGCCCUCCUCUCACAGCAGCAGAGGUUAAUGGUGAUUUUUCUGCCUCCUGUUCCUGCUCCUAAGAUUAAAGGGAUUGAUCCGGAGCUUUUAAAGAAAGGGAAGCUGGAUGAACUGAACUCUCUGCUCAGCAGUCAGCACAUGUACAAACCCGAGUCGUAUCCUGAUGACUCGUGGGUGGAGUUUAUCCAGAUCAAUUUGGACGAAGCAGCGGAGAAAAAUGAGAACUCCGACAAGCAGCGCCUGCUCGGCCCCUCCCAUCAUGGCUCGACUCUGUGCUUAGGCUCCACCCACAAAGCUGAUGAUGAUUCCGGUCUUGAGAUGGAACCUGACAGGGAAGAGCGCCAUCCUCUGGUCAGCAGGAGCAAUUCGACACCGACUCCAGAGUCGCAAAUUGAGAUUCAAACACAAUUCAAAAGAAAUGAUGGGAAUCACUGGACAAACAUGGAUUUUUACGCACAGGUGAGCGACGUCACGCCUGCAGGGAGCGUCGUCCUUACACCUGAGCAACAGAACAACACGCUGAGCAGGAAAAAGGGCGAAGAAAAGGAAGAGGACUUGAAGAAGAAGCUCGACAUCCAACUCAUCGUGAAUGACUCCGAUGGAGGAUAUUCAUCUGAGAACGUCGCCCGCCACCUUGUUCCCGACUUGCCGUCCAAUCAGGAUCCAGAUCAGCCGUAUCACGUUCUUAAUCCUGACGUUGAAGAAGAAAGGGAAGCAUCUUCCUACGUCUCUGAGCUCCCUCCAGCCUCUGUUCUCCCUCCUCUUCCAGACUACACCGUCAUACAGGACGUGGACGGGCAGCAAAGCCUAGUUCUCAAUCCGAAUUCUGCACCUCAGUCACCAUCCUACCCUCAGAAUCCCACCAAAAGCCCCCCAAACAUGCCCGUUGGGUAUCUCACACCAGAGCUGCUGGAGAACUUCAGCCCGUGAGUGAAUGAUGCUGAUAUGCGCUCGUCCUCUGACUGCUCGGAUCCAAAGUUGCUACAUCAUGGAUGUCUGAACGUCGGCCAUAUCUGUGACGAAGUGAUGGAGUGUGUGGUGAUGUGUAUGGCCACACCGUGGGGGAAAUAACCAAUGAUCCGUGUGUGUGUGUGUGUGUGUGUGUGUGUGUGUGUGUGUGUGUGUUUGUCUUGUGCUUUAGUGAGUGAGUCAGUCGAGUUACAUAUAAAUAGUUUAAGACACGUCUGCAUGAGUCAAUGCAACACAGACACAUUUUACCUCUGGAGUAGACCUGUGCCAAUCAUCAGCUCCAUCAUUCCCUUCACUCAGAAUCCUUAUGUUGGAAACUUCAGCUUCCAGGUUUCCAUUUUAUGCAGCAAGAUCAAAGUCAUCCCAUUUACAUCCACAGAUAAAACCAGACUGUACCAGCAGGUCGCGUUGCAGCUUCACAGCUCCGGGGUUCCUGAUUCGAUCCUGACCUCAGCUUACUGUCCAUGAGGAGUUUCAGACAUGUCUCAGGGGGUUUCCUCAGGGUUCUCUGGUUUCCUCCCACCUCCCAGUAGGUGGAUUGGUGACUCUAAAUUAGCACCAGUCAGCUUAGAAGAAUAAAGGUACCAAUUUGUACCUGUCCUAGUUCCUGAGUUGGUACCAUUAAGGGGUCAUCUCUCGUACCCUUAGGAUAUAUUUUUCCCCUGAGAAUAUGAAUAUAGUGCCCUUUUAAAAAUAAUUUCAAAAACAAUAGAGUGGUGUCCCAUCCAGAGUGUAUUCCCACAUCCGUGCUCCCAGGAUUGACUCCGGAUUCACCGCCUCCCUGAGCAGGGUAAAGUGUACUGUAGGGCCACUGUGUGCCACUGAGAUGGUACUCUGGGAUGCACCUUUAGUACGUCUCCAGUUUCUCCAGUCAUCGUAAAUGUACACUCUGAGGAAUAAAGGUACCAAACUGUACCUGUUCUACACUGAGUGUGUAUCUGGUGUCUGGGAGGCUGCAUGGGGCGUUAACGAGUGUAUAGACUCACGCUUUAAAGAUCCACCAAAGAUCUGAUUACUGUCUUGACCUUAAAGACCUAAAGAGACACACUAAAAUUAUAAGCCUGCACCCCAGUGCGGUGAGAAAGAAAAGAAAUGGACUGGGAUGAGUUUUCCAAAAGCCUCUUAAUGCUAAGAGCAGCUUAACUAGGAGAGACAGUGUUCAUUGUGCUGCUCGCUCGACCAUUUAACAAUGAUCUUUGUGCUACAAUACAUUUGGGAAACUCACCCCAGUUCGGUCCCUUUAUUUCUGAGUGUAGUGCAGAUUUAAACUUAUGGUUGGUGUCUUAGGAGCCGUUAUUGAACCUUUCGCAGGUUUUGGUUUCCAGGUGAAAGAUACACACCAAAGGGAUGAAGGAUGUGGCCUUGAGGAUGUCACGUGAUGGUACACCUCAGUUCAGAGUCUUCAAACACAACCCCAUCACAGACAGGAUUAUCUCAGGAUCAUAUCGUCAGAACUGGAAGAAAGUGUCAUAGCUAAGAUUAAAGAAGAUUCAUUUUCACAAAUUUAACAAAGUUCUUCAGGGAGAAGUUCGUCCCAUAGUAAUGGCAGAUAUGCACUUUUAAUAAAUAACAAUAAAAUAAAUGUUUAUUAAUAAUUUACCUUUCAUAAAGCAUGAUAUUGGCACAAGCCUACUCUUGAUAAGCUAAUGUGAGCCAUGCACACAUCGUUAUCCAAUCAGAUUUACUCGAGCACAAGACCCAACAGGACGAGAGAGUCACUGUGUCCAUGGCAGCACCAAAAUCCCUUCUUUACUCACAAACGGCACAAAGUUCCGCCCCGGCGUCGGACGAAAGCACAAACCGAGAGCUGGUUUCUUAAUCAGAACACAGUAUGAUUUCAUCCGAACCCUGAGACGUGAUGUGAAGAGGAAACGGGGAGGACGGGUGUGUGCUGGAACGGAGUUCUGUCCUGAUUAUCAUGGUCAAGGGAAAAAAAAAGCACGUCAUUACUAAUGGCUCUUGUCUUAAUGAACAGAAAUGAAAUUGCACGCUGUUCAUCACAGACGGUUAGCUUUAAUGCACAUGUAGCAGUUUGAAAAUCAGAAAAUUAGCCUUAUUGUCGGGACUGGAAACUUUUCAGUGUUUUUAUGUUUUUUUUUUUAAACACACAUCAUGAUGAUGAGGAGGAUGAUGAUGUCAGGAAUCAAAAUGGAACGUUGUGAGUGUGUGUAGAUUUGCUUUCAUUGCUAUAAUUACAGAAACCAUUUCCACCAAGGAACAGGCGAGUGGGCGUGUGCAAGUGGGUGUGUGUGAGUGGGCAUAUGUGAGUGGGCGUGUGCGAUAAUUCUACAAAUGAUUGAAUGAUGUGAUGAUGGACAUUGUUGCUAACCCUGGUUUAAUUCAGAAGGCAGCAUAAGAUCAUGUCGUCAUUAUUUGGGACAAAUGUGAGCGUUUUUCGAGAUUUCUGUUCUCUAGAUGAGCAGGGUUUUUUUUUUUGGAAAGUGUAACCGAUCUGACCUACUGACGAGUUGUGAUGAGGUUAUCAUGAUGAGGUUACAGUUAUCCUGAUAUAUAAAUGAAAUGUUAGCACGUGCCUAGUUGUGUAGAAUUGAUGAGGACUGAAUGUGAUGCAGGUGUGAUGUUCGUAUCUCAGGCUACAUCCACACGACAACGGCAACAAGAUUUUUUUUUUAGCGGGUAAAAAAAAAAUUGCGUCCACAUGGGCAACGGAUCAGUAAAAUAUCAGGUACAUAUGGCAACGCAACACUUGCUGAAAACGAUGCAGUACACAUGCCACACCUCUACGUGCGCUGUAAGACGGUCCCAUCGGAGACACCAGAACAGUAGAAGAAAUAGGACGCAUGUGCAUAAACCCCUUCUUCUACCCGGCGUGCUGCUUGUUCUAGUCAUGUGGUUGUGACGUCAUCGUAAACAAAUCCGUUCUACUCAUCCAGACGACUUCGCAACGGCGCCGUUGCCAGAUUUUUCCACUCUGGAAACCGUUCUCAAAAAAUAUCGUUUUGGGGCACCCAAAACGCCGUUGCUGUGUGGACACCAGGCCGAAACGAUAAAAAAUUUUAUCGGAUUCAUCUGAAUCCGUUGCCGUGUGGACAGGGCCUCAGUGCUGUGCGUUUCUGUAACACAUAAAUCAAACACAUCAAAGACGAUGCUGUUGUACACAGAGCUAUAGAGAAAACACUACAGUCGUUAAACCCAAAAGAACGUGAUGGUAAUUGGUUAUCGGAUACGUCUCAAAAUUCAGCUCCUUGCAGGAUCAUUAUUGUAGAUAACGAUAAUAUCAUACGCAUUAAUAAAAUAAAUUGCUCAGUGCUUAUCAGGAUCUAAAACGUCAAAAAGUGAAAUAAAUUGCUUCAUGCUGCCUUGAACAUAGAACAUGCUUCAGCAACACACUGAUUAGCUAAAUGCAUUUUUUUGACCAAUCAGUGACUCUCGAUACGGUAAGCCCCGCCUCCUGUCGUAUGAUUCUGGAGCAGGGAGUAAAAUCGGCCCCGCUCUCUCGGCUCCACACGUGAGUGAAGUGCCUGAGUUCCUGAAAAGGUUCCUGUGGUGGAAAUGUUUUGAUCUUUCAGAUAUCUGACAGUUCUUUGUCAAUGUUGUUGUUGUUGUUUGUAAACAGUUAUACAAACGCCUCACAGUGCUGCUUUCACGUAUUCACACGUUUUCUCCCGUGUGCUUGAUACAUUUUCUCAGAAAUAAGCUAAUUCAGAUUAAAUUGCUCAUGAAACAGUCUGAUGAUUAAAUUCAUUCCGUAUCCGAAUGAAACAGGAAGCCAGGGGUUUUUACCAAAUUGGUUAAUAAUCAGUAACUUUUUCAUUUGUGUAGGCAGGGCAUAAGGAAGCUAGAGAGCAUUUAAUUGUAUUUAAAUUGAGGCCACGCCCCUAAAGUGCAGCAGAAGCCGUCAGUAUUUUUUCAGAACCCAGACGUACAGAAGUCUGAUUUCAUGAGCACUUUAAUUCAACUUCAACAGCCAUAAACCUUUACAUCAGUAUUAUAUUGUGUAUUUUUUUUGCAUAAAUACAAUCAUACACAGGAUUUACACUAACACAUGUACAGAGGACAAAAGAUUGAAAUAUUCAGUGUUUUCAAAUCCUAUUCACGGUUUCAGCUCUGUAAACACACCAGACAUGUGGGCGGAGUUUCAUUCCUGAUUUCAACACACCUUCAUUUACUUUCCCUCGGUCAUGUGACCUUACUGUCCCUUGACGUGACGUGCAUUAAAAGAGGAGCGAGUUGAUUUACCCAGAAUGCACUGUUCCAUUUCUGAAGCUGUGAACACAGAAGUAAUAAUAAAUCUCACAUUAAAUUGACAGUGAACGACUGCGCUGAUGGAAUUUACUCGUUUAGCUGCUUAGCGUGUUCACGAGUUAGCAAACUGUUCUUGGUCUCAAGGGGAAGUUCUGAAGGUGCACUGAAAACAGGAGUGAACCCAGCACAGGUGCUGAGUCGUACCUGGGUCGGGUGUGUCAGGAGUGGGAAUGUGCACAUGUAGGAAUACUCUGAAGCUAAUGAAGAUGAAGCCAAGCGUCGUGUGUGUGUGUGUGUGUGUGUAUAAAAACUGAUGCCUUAUUAAGGACAAUGCUGCUGCUCACCGCUGAUAAACCAGCAUCAGAAACGUCUUAAAUCACCACAGAAUCAUAGUUUACAGUAUGCCGUUAUCAGGGACGCACCAAGCCGACGGGGCAGCGAGCUGGCGUGGACUCACACGCUGCUCAACACUGAACUGUGUGAAUGAGCAGAGAAACCCUGACACGGGACACAGGGCUGAAACCUGCACCCCGAUGGAGAUGUGGGAACGGGAUCGGUGCGUCUCCACUGUUUAUACUCUGCUUACACUGAACGCUGGACUGUUCUUCAGCUCAGUCUGUGCUGCUGCUUCACUUCUGUUUACUUUCAGGUGAAUUUAUAACUCGUGUAUUAGCUGUGUGGAAGAGUGCGAGUGUGCAUGUGAUUGUGUGUACGAGGGCUUUUGAGUGUUUAUUGGUGUACGUAUAUUGCACAGUUUACUCUCUCUCCUCUUCUUAUGAUGUGUUUUUGGAGGAAGUGGUCAACACCUCCAGAGAAAGCUGUAAAAUUUCACAUCUUACUUUUCUUCAGCUCAAUAAAAGCUCAUUUGCUUUAUA